CCGCCGCUGCCGCGCCUGCCGCCGCUACUGCUGCUGCUGGUCUCCGCCGCCGCCGCUGCUGCAGGUGUGGGCAGCGCGGCGGGGGCAGGGCUGGGCAGCCCCUGCGAGAGGGCCUGCAACCCCCGGAUGGGUAACCUGGCGCACGGGCGGGCGCUGCAGACAGAGACCGCCUGCGGGCGCGACGGCCCCGAAGCCUUCUGCGCCUACGCCGAGGAUGCCCAGCGCCGCUGCGGGCGCCUGCUCUGCGGCCGCUGCAGCGGAGCCCAGGCCAGCCUGGCGCACCCGGCUGCUGCCAUGGCCGACUCGCCCUUCCGUCUGCCCCGCACCUGGUGGCAGUCGGCCCGGGACACCCCCCGAGAGACCAUCCAGCUGGACCUGGAAGCCGCCUUCUACUUCACUCACUUGAUCCUGGUGUUCAAGUCCCCCCGGCCGGCAGCCAUGGUGCUGGAGCGCUCCCAGGACUUCGGCCAGACGUGGAAGCCUUACAAAUACUUCGCUGCUAACUGCUCGGCCACCUUUGGGCUGGAGGAUGAUGUGUGGCAGAGAGGAGCCCUUUGCACUUCCAGAUAUUCCAGCCCUUUCCCCUGCACUGGAGGAGAGGUCAUCUAUCGAGCCCUGUCACCGCCUCACACCGUGGAGGACCCCUACAGUGCCGAAGCCCAGGCACAGCUGAAGAUCACCAACCUGAGAGUGCGGCUGCUGGAGCCGCAGGGCUGCCCCUGCCUGCCUGCCAGCCCUGCCCUGCGGCCCCCGCAGCCCCCAGUGCCCCUGCACUAUGCCAUCUACGACUUCAUGGUGAAGGGCAGCUGCUUCUGCAACGGCCACGCCGACCACUGCGUCCCUGUCGCUGGAUUCAAGCCUCUGAAGGCAGCUGGUGUUUUCCACGUGGUCCAUGGGAAAUGCAUGUGCAAGCACAACACAGCAGGGCCCCACUGCCAGCACUGUGCCCCUCUCUACAACGACCAGCCUUGGCAGGCUGCCGACGGCAAAACCGGAGCCCCCCGGGAGUGUCGCUCGUGCAAGUGCAAUGGGCAUGCUGACACUUGCCAUUUUGACCUGGAUGUGUGGCUGGCCUCGGGCAAUCGCAGCGGUGGCAUCUGUGACAACUGCCAGCACAACACGGAAGGGCAGCACUGCCAGCGCUGCAAGCCAGGCUUCUACCGGGACCUCAGGAAGCCCUUCUCUGCCCCAGACGCCUGCAAACCUUGCUCCUGCCACCCGCUGGGAUCGGCCACACUGCCCCUGGGUCCCCGCACCUUCUGUGACCCCAGCACUGGAGACUGCCCCUGCAAGCCCGGGGUGGCAGGGCCCCGCUGUGACCACUGCCUGCCUGGCUACUGGGGCUUCGGGGACCACGGCUGCCGGCCCUGCCACUGCCCCCGCGGCUGCCACCCGCGCACCGGAGACUGCAGCAGCUCAGACGUGACCUGGCACAACGCAGCACCUCCUUUCCAGGCGGCGGUCAACGAGAGUGAGCCUGCCUGGGGCUGGGAGGACGAGCAGGGCUUCUCAGCACUUCGGCACUCAGGUAAAUGUGAAUGUAAAGAGCAAGUUUUAGGGAAUCCCAAGGUCUUCUGUGGGAUGAAGUACACCUAUGUGAUCAAGGCAAAGAUCUUGUCAGCUCAUGACAAGGGCUCCCACGCAGAAGUCACUGUGAAGAUCAAGAAAGUCUUGAAAUCAACAAAGCUGAAGAUCCUUCGGGGCAAGAGGACACUCUACCCUGAAUCAUGGACUAACAGGGGCUGCACUUGUCCCAUCCUCAACCCAGGCUUGGAGUACCUCGUGGCAGGACAUGAGGAUGUCCGAACGGGCAGACUCGUGGUCAACAUGAAGAGCUUUGUCCAUCAGUGGAAGUCAGAUCUUGGAAGAAAGGUCCUGGAGAUUCUGAAAAGAGACUGCAACUAGAGGUGUGCAGCUGCCUAGGGCAUAUCUGUAGGCACGAAAGGCAACAGCCUGCACAGAGAGAAGACCUCUAGGACGAAAACUGGAAUGUAAGCAAAUAGUGCCAAAAGGUGUAGCGAGGCACUCACAGUUGUAGGAGCUGUCUAAUCGAAUCCUUCCUGGCCAAUGUUCAUUCACUUGCCUGUAGCUUCCUUGCCAGGAGCUGGCAUGAGCCUGGCUCAUCCUUAGGCUGAGGGAGAGCAAGGGAAGGGCAGAUGCUUGUCUCACCGCACUGCGAUGGCAGAGCCACUCCUGUGAAGCCACUGAUGGCCCCAGGCUAAAUUGCCACCCUCGGGAGGGAGAGCUGAGAAGCGAAACACCACCGCCAGUGCCACCAGCGUGGAUCCUGAGCCACCUUCAGAGGCUCCCAGAGGAUGCUGUGGGGAAGGUGACAGCC